GGAAUAUGGAGAUCCAAAAAGCCAGAGGACAGGUGUUCCUGGUCAUUGUGGGGUUUCAGAGUAUGACAUGUUCCAGGGGACACAAGGUCAGCUAGGUGGUCAUGGAGUAUCAGGAAUGGUUGUGGAAGUUGGGAAGGUCAGGGUUGUGAUGUUGGGAGUUUCGGUGGUCUUCCUCAUGGAUGGAGCAUUUUCUCAGGGUGGUGACAGGAGUUCUGGUUUCAAAGAUAGAAAGGGCUGACUCCUCAGAGAAGGCUUAAUGAAGAGAGGCGGAAAAGCCGUGGUCUGGAGCCACUGCAGGAGAGCAGGGAGUUUACUGACUUGCCCUCCUAAAGCUCAGGACCCUCGGUGCCAGGAGAAGUCUCAAGGCAGAAGACCUUCAAGGCUGAUGGGAGAAGCCAGGUUUGCAGUGCAGGAAGGAGGCUGACAAGAGGAACGGGCCAGAAAAGGAGAAGAAACGCUCUGUAGAAGCCUCUUCGCAAAGGGAUCAGGGGCAGGGACAAAGGGGUACAGAUGAGUGGGCAAACAGUAUGAGAGAGGGGCUUCUAAAGAGAAGUGAGCUGACAGGAGGAAGGUCUGAGCUGCAAAGGGGUGGAGCUUUGACUGCUGGAUUCCCAGAGGAAAUGCUGAACUGUACGUUUCUUAGCGCAGAGCGGUACCUGCUCACUACAGAGAGAACAGCAACUACAGAUAAGCAAAAAGCAAAAACAAGUAAACGAAGCCGUAAGAACUACCCAAAUCCCAGGGUCUUGGAGCUUUUCCCAUUGACAUGUUCUUCCCUCCUGUUCCUACUGCCGUAAAUCCAGGUCAAGGCCACGUCAUCUCUACCAUAAGCUUGUCCUCUGGGUCAUAAAUCUCUCUCCCUGGCUGAGCCCCUGGGCCUUGCCCCGCCCCCUCCCCCCCCCCCCUUCCCAUGUAUAAACCAACACAGCCAUCUUCCCCAAAUAGCACUUUCCAUUGUUGCUUCUCUUUGCAGGUCCCAUCAUAUACUACAUCCCUCCCUGGUUUUCAAGGGCGCCUCUAACUCGGGACCAUCUUAUUUCCCCACACUCAUUUCCAGAUAUUUCUCUUUUCUUAGACAUGCUUUAUUUCCCUCCCAGCUCACUUUCCCACGUCCUCACAUCUGGGUCUCUGUCCCCUCACUAUGAUGCCCGGCCUGUUAAGGAUGACCACAUCUUUCCACACUAUUCCGCUCCCCCCCAACCCCCACCACCAUGUGAAGGCCUGGUGCCUUACUCCAGCCCAUAAUGACUGAUAUUUGGCCUUCCAGGUACUCAUCUGACCACCCCUUUUAGGAACUUAUCAGUUGCAUUUCAGUAAACACUUAGGUGUGUUGAGUAUACUUUCGGUACACCGAGGUGAGAGCACAGGAUUUAGAGCCAGGAGGAACCUAGCCCCCUGAUAUUACUGAUGAGGAGCCUAAGAUUGAGAGAGGCCAAAAGACAUCCCCACAGUCAACCUGCAAGAUGUUAAUAAAGCGGAUCCCAGAACCCUGAUUCUCAGCCCUAAAUACUACAUGUUGAAUUGAAAUUUGCUCUUAAAAUACAGCUUCUCUUUGAUACCUGGGCGUGGAGCCCCAGAGACCCAAAGCAAUAGUUAUCAAUUUUUACAAUAUGUUAGAAUUAGCUGGGGAGAUUUCUAAAAAUCCAGACUUCUAAGCCCAGUAAGGGGAAACUGAUUCAGUUGGUGUGGAGUAGGACCUGAGUAUCUGCUUAACAAAACAAAACAAAACAAAACCAACCAACCAAACAAAUGAAAACAGCUCUCCAGAUGAUCCUGGUAAAGAUGAUCCUUGGAUCACCCUUCGCAAAACAGUUUGUGUCUUUCUCUUUGGAGCUCCCUAACAUUGCCCCUGUAAACAUUGUUAAGCUCUCCUGAAGCCUCCCAUGUCAGGAGCAGGUUUGAGUUAAGCCACAACCAUGUUACCAUCCAGAACACACAAGCCACUAGCUCUGUGCUGUAACCUGUGUAACUUCUCAGGCUCAAACUGGCCUGGGGCCCGGCUGCUGCCCUCCCUUAAUAUGCUUGGCCAUUUGGCCCCAGGAGCCAAAUUAUUUUUCAAAAUACUUUUAGGCAUACCUUGGCAAAAUAUUGAUCGUAGUGGAAUUCUUGUUGGAAACACCCCACUUGCCAAGGUGUUUCUGAGCACCUUCUGAAGUGUGGAUGCCCGGCCUCUGCAGCCUGCCAGCUGUCUCUGCCACAGGACACCCAAGUAAACCAAACCCAAACAGGCACCUAGAGCUCGCCAAAUCCCAGCACAUGCAGCCCAGGGCCAGUAUGACAAGGAGGAAAGGCACUUUGUGUAGCGAUUAGGACAAGGCUCCGGAAUCUGUGUUGGAAUAAUGAGGCUCUAAAGGCAUGACUCACUGCUCUCCACAGUUAUCAGUCUAGGAGUUAUCAAUGCCCUCCUUGUUGCCUGAGCGCACAUCAGAGAAAUGACUAAUAACAUGGUAAUAGCUCUUCAGAAUGCUGCCCGGACCUCUGAAGACAAUUCAAAUAUGCCAGGUAUUUCCUAGCCGUAAGGGCAAGCCUUGCAUAAUUUAAGAAAUACACAGCGGUUUCGCAUUUUGGUGCUUGAUAAGUGGCAGUUACAUAACAGCCUGUAACCACGCAGAUGAGCAGAGCCAGAGGUGGGGGAGAGGGUGCUUCUAAAAGAGGUGUUAGUGCUGGAGUGAGGGGUGCAAUAGCCGACAGACGUGGCGGCAGCUAAACCUUCACGAAGUUUGGGUCCGGGAGAUCCACGCAUGCCCAUUAUGGCACACGUUGGCUCGACAGCAGGAAAGACAUCUCUCGACAUUUACUAUCAGGCUAACACCAAUGGGAGCAUCCCAGUGCAACGUCAGCUUGAAGAAACAGAGGCACCGUGGCAUCCUCAGCUCCUUCUUCUGCUGCUUCCGUGAUUAUAAUGUGGAGGCCCCACCAGCCAGCGGCCCCGGUGUGCUUCCGCCGCUGGUGGAGGAGAACGGUGGGCUUCAGAAGGGUGACCAGAGGCAGGUCAUUCCCAUACCAAGUCCACCAGCUAAAUACCUCCUUCCAGAGGCGACGGUGCUUGACUAUGGAAAGAAAUGUGUGGUCAUUGAUUUAGAUGAAACAUUGGUGCACAGUUCAUUUAAGCCCAUUAGUAAUGCUGAUUUUAUUGUUCCGGUUGAAAUCGAUGGAACUAUACAUCAGGUGUAUGUGCUGAAGCGGCCCCACGUGGAUGAGUUCCUCCAGAGGAUGGGCCAGCUCUUUGAGUGUGUGCUCUUUACUGCCAGCUUGGCCAAGUACGCAGACCCCGUGGCCGACCUGCUGGACCGCUGGGGCGUGUUCCGGGCCCGGCUCUUCAGAGAAUCGUGCGUCUUCCAUCGUGGCAACUACGUGAAAGACCUGAGUCGCCUGGGCCGGGAGCUGAGCAAAGUGAUCAUCGUGGACAAUUCUCCGGCCUCCUACAUCUUCCAUCCUGAGAACGCAGUGCCCGUGCAGUCCUGGUUCGAUGACAUGACGGACACAGAGCUGCUGGACCUCAUCCCCUUCUUCGAGGGCUUGAGCCGGGAAGACGACGUGUACAGCAUGCUGCACAGACUCUGUGACAGCUGGAUACACACGGAGCUGUUUGGGAAUUUUCUUUGCUGCUAUUGCGCUGCCACCAAAUGGAAUUGACCAGCGGCUGUUACACUGUUCUUUGCCACUGUGCCUAUGCUCAGAAUCUGCUCACUGCUAAGCUGCAGACUCGGACAGGGUCAGAAACGUAGGUGUCCCGCCCCACCGCAGGACUGCACCAAGAGUCCCCCUUGCCCGGCUCUGGCCAUGGGAGUUCAGAAGGGAACAAAGACAAAGGGGCCAGCGUGCCACACGGGCGUGGUGUUGGUUUCCGACUGCAGUCGACAUCAGAGACCGUGAUGAGCCGACCGUUCUCUCUCGAGAACCCGUGGCCUCCCCCAGCCACCCCGCUGACGUGGCCCAAGUCCCCUCUUGGUCUUCUCUUUUGAAGCACAGCCUGGGGUUGGGGAAACCUGUCUAGAGGUGGAACCCCUCGCCCCGAGCCAGGGAGAGGAAGGGUGCCCUCCCCGGGCCGGGGCUUCCUCUGCAGCCUUUCCCAGUGACAAGACAGUCUAUAAAGUAUUGCUCUUAAAAGUAAUUUAGAAGAACCCUUUCGUGUCGGCACCAUUGCCUUAGUCCUCUGUGGGUUGGGCCUCCGCCAGAGUUCUGGUGGAAGCGACUGGCACUAGCAAGUGUGGAAAUGGGGGUCGAAGUAAAAUUUUGUUCUCGCUUUCGUUCACAAGAUAACGAAGCCAGCUGCCAAUCGUGUCCUCCCAACAGCACUUUGGGCCGCGGACUGCCGUGCAUUCAGAAGAGAAAUAAGUAUUCGGGGGUAACCGGGUCCCCCAGCUUUCUGAGUGUGCAGAAUCCAGUAACCCACAUGCCAGUUAAAGUAGAAACAGCCCCUUGCUCGCAUCAGCACAGACCACGGCAGUUCCAUGGCGGAUCUGCACACGCCAUAACCCUUGAUCUGGAAAACUAGUCAUUAAGUCAACCCGCUGCCUUAAAUGUCUCGAAUGUUGCAGUCCAGUGUCUGUCGUGUGUUGAAAUCCACACAGAAAUCGGUCCUGGUGAGAGCCCCAGACCCUCAGCCAUGCCCUCUUCUCUGCUGGCACCAUGAGGUCUUCUCUGGAACAGGGGGCAGAGAGGACGAAGUUCUAGAGUAUUUCAGGGGAAUCGGACCUAGGAACAGUGUCCCACUUCUCAGAGACGGAGUGAAGACACUGGCAAGCUUGAGCCAAACACUGCACCUAGUAGUUCUUGAAACCGUGAGCACCAUUGCACGAUUGUGGGGGAUGGAGCCCGGUUCCUGCCAUCACAGGACACAGAGUGUCUCGGGGAGGGGGGGGCCAGCAGACCCCCCCCCCCCGAGGGUUCUGGAUUCUGUGCACCUUAUUUGACCACACUCCAAAAUUCCAUUUUUGUUUUAACCCUCGAUUCUGCUUUGUGUACAUAACCAGAAUAUCUAGAUCUCUCUCUAUAUUUUUAAUCAUCUACAUGUAAAUGAAGCAAUAGAAUUCUAACAUAAGGCCAAGAAAUGAGAUGAAUGUUUGGGGUUUAUGUUUUUUAAGGUAAAUACGGGUAUUGUUUUUAAUUAUUACCUUUUAUUAAAUUGUGGGCUUUAAAACCUAAUGAACCCUAUUAGCUAUUUCUCUGUGCCAUAUUGCUUCCCAUGUUACCAAAAUACCCACCCCACCCCAGCCCCGCCGCCCCAACUCUUCAACCAAAAGAGAAACCCGACCUCCUGAGUCUCCACGGCCCUUUUGGUACCAGGUUAAUAUAUAGUCUCCUGGGCAAGUAUUUUUUACAUUAAGAUCUGGGGCGAGAUAUGUUGGGUUGUGGACUCCGCCCCGGUGAUGUUAUGGCGUCUCUGGCCGGGCCUUGAGUGGAGGUGCCCAGGCAUCCGAGGUUGUCACUGCUCUGUCUUCCGUUGUUCGGGAAUCCUCCGUGUUGGUCUGCGGUUUCACACAUUAGCUGUUUGUAAACCAUGUAUCUGUAUCCCAAGGAGGAACACCACCUGUCACAACCCAUGGUUGGUGGGGAAGCUCCUUUGACACAGUGCAGUUUUGAUGAGGUGACUUUGGAGACGUGAGGCCCUGAUGACACUGACUUGUCAUGGUUGCAGCAUUUGAACUGCUGGUCUGGAAAAAGAAAUCUGUAAGUCUAUAUAACCUGGCAACAUCGAAGACCCUCUAUUUUUAAAGACGGCCCUCUGAUAAAAUCUAGAACCACACAGCCCUAUAGGGUCAAACACUCGUGACGUUUGUGCCUCUGCUUUUAAAGGUGCUGUGAUGGGCAGUUGGCAUGCCAGGGUUCGAGAAGAGAGUGGAUGGCUUGACGUGCUUGCAGUUACCCGAGCAAAACCCACUGGCUGCCUCUGCUCCUAUCUCGCUGUAAAUUUGAUGGGGUCCGUUCCUGUUCGUUCUCCAGGGAGCUUCUCUGCAGACUAACACCCCCCUCCCCCCACCCGUAGUGGAGAUUCUGGUGCCUGGGUAGUCGUGGAUUUCUGUUGGACAUUUGAAUGUGAUAAACAAGCCAGCGUUACUUGGGAAAUACUACAUGUGGAAUGUGCACGUUUCCAGGGGCGAGCCUUGUCCGUCGAGAGGUUUGCAAUGAUUUCCUUCCUGCCAAAAAUAAACACGUGAAACUGCG